AAGCAUGGCUGGCGUGUCAACUGUCCAUAACGGUUCAUUAUACAAACUGCGGUCCCUGAAUGGUAUAUUUUCCAUUUAUAAGAAACAGGGACCCACCUCGCCAGAUGUGUUAAACACUCUGAAGAAGGAUCUUUUAAAAGAGGCUGGUGUUAAGAAUCCCAACACGCGCAAAAGGAAGAAGCAACCUUUAAAAAUUGGCCAUGGCGGCACCCUGGACAGCAAUGCUGCUGGUGUACUUGUGGUUGGAAUUGGUGAAGGAACCAAGAUGCUCACCACCAUGCUUGCGGGAUCAAAGAAAUACUCAGCUGUUGGGGAGUUAGGCAAAGAAACUGAUACUCUUGACGUCACUGGAAAUGUUGUUGAAGAGAAGAGUUAUGAUCACAUCACAAAAGAGGCUUUUGAAGAGAAGUUAAAGGAGUUUACUGGGGAAAUUAUGCAGGUUCCACCUCUAUAUUCAGCACUGAAGAAAGAUGGCAAGCGCAUGUCUGUCCUGCUCAAGCAAGGUCAAGAGGUCAAGGCUAAACCUGCACAUCCAGUUACUGUGUACAAUCUGUCUUUACAAGAUUUCAGCCCUCCACACUUCACCAUAGAUGCUGAGUGUGGAGGCGGGUUUUAUGUCAGAAGUCUGAUUGAUGGUCUUGGAAAAGCUUUGUCAUCUUGUGCUCAUGUCAAGGAACUGACCCGGACUGCAUUGAGGGAGGAUCACUGGACAUUGACAGACAUCUCACAGGCUUUGCAGCCAUGCCCAAAGCCAACAGGGCAACAGAAGAAUACAAAGAAAGCAAAAUCAAAAGAUAAACCCAGCCCAUUUAAAUCUAAGGGCGAUGAUGGAGACCAGAACAAUGAUUAAAGGUGCUUAAACACCCCGUGAGACAAACUUAUGUUCUCAGUGAGAGAAUUGUAGGAAAUUGCCUGGUUCACUUUGAUUUGAUCUGGAUUCUCUGCCACUACCCUUGUGAAUCCCUCUGCAUGGCCAUAUAUGGUACUUGUAAUUAAGGAUAAGACAGGUGGCGUCAGUGAAGUUGGUGGAUUUAGUGGAUUACAUAGUGGAAGAAAACAAGUUCAGAAUCAAAGCCAAUGAAGUUUUAUGGAGCUUUUUUAUUUUUAUUGUUUCAUUAUAAUAACCAUUUGGCUGUAGUCCCUAUGGCACCAAGGGAAAUAAAUAAUCUUUAUUUUUAUACAUUGAAAUAGAUUGUGGUAAGGUUAAACUACACUUAUUUUGGUGACAAAACACCCAUUGCAAUGACAUGAUGUCAAUAUUUAAUUAUGGAAGCCCAAAUGUGAUUUUUAUUUUUUUGUUGUGGUUUUUCUUUAGUAUUGUUUUUUUGUCAUCAUUACAGCUGAUGGCAGGGGACAAUGCAUCUGAAUGCACCUAAUGAAAAUGUCAGUGAAGAAAAAUAUACUUAAAUAAAAUGCUGUUAUUUUCAUUUGCUA